CGCUCAACCUGUAUUUGGAUGCGUCGGAUGUGGUGACGUCGCCAGCAGCUCGCAGUGCUGCUGUUGCUCAGCGAGUGGUCUCAAGUCGAGGCUGAGAGCAAGGUUGAGGCCAUGGGCGUGGCCGGGGUCGAGUCAUUACUGAUGGUGCUGUGGUGAGCUUUGAUGCCACAUCUGAUGUUUCCCGACCACAACAUUCCCCGUUACCACCGGUCGUACAUCCCCGGACACAACAAGUUUUGCGACAGGAGGUCUACUUGCACAAGCUUGUGGCUUUUGCCCCCAGAAUGUGAACCCUGGAUGAAGUCAAAAAACAAUCACCCAGCUGGCACAGCCUAUAUUGUAGGACAUGUUUGUCGUCGGCUGGUGCGAGGAAAGCAGGCUUCUCUCUUCAAGAUUUGUUGGUUUGAUAGCCAGAUUCAACACGUGUUGGAUCAUGUUAGUAGCGGAUGCGUCCAGCGUGGUGUGGAGAAUUACGAUGCGGUUAUGCGUCUGAAGAACAAGGCAGACUGGCAAGCUCUGGUUACCGAUGAUAUCGACAACAACCUAAAGGUUGAAGAUGCCUCCUAACUUCGAGUUGUGGGUGAAAGAGGCGGCGUUAUCAUUAAAACAGCCUUUUGGUUAUGCAUCUAUUGUGUAUCUCAAUAGUACUGGUUUGA